AUGGCGUUAUCAGGCAACUCCUGGGGUCGACGGCAUCCAAGUGAAGGAAGAGGAGGAGCACGAGGAGAAGGAGGAGCAAGAAGAAGGGCCCCACGAGAGUGUCAUCCAAGCGCCGACGGAAGGUCUCUGCACCAGGAACAAUCGGCGGUGGGACGGCGGCAACACACAAGACGAUAUCGUGGCCAGCGACAGCGAUGCUGCCAGCAUAAUGGCUGUACAAAACGCCCGUCGUAUGGCGAAGCUCACGGCAAGAAAGCGGAGUUCUGCUCUCAGCACAUGCAGCCGGGCAUGGUCGAUGUCGUUAACAAGAGGUGCGGUCAUCCAGGGUGCACGAAGAGGCCGUCGUUUGGAAAAGAUGGUAGCAAGAAAGCGGAGUUGUGUUCUCAGCACGCACACCAGGGCAUGAUCGAUGUCGUGAGCAAGAGGUGCGUCCAUCCAGGGUGCACGAAGAGGCCGUCGUUUGGACAAGACGGCAGCAAGAAAGCAGAGUUGUGUUCUCAGCACGCCAAGCCAGGUAUGAUUGACGUGAAAAACAAACGAUGCUGUCAUCCAGGAUGCACAAAGCACCCAACGUAUGGGAAAGACGGCAGCAAGAACGCUGAAUUCUGUGCCCAGCACGCGCAGCAGGGUAUGGUUGAUGUCAACAACAAGAGGUGCGGUCAUCCAGGGUGCACGACGCAGCCGUCAUAUGGUAGAACCGGCAGCAAAAAAGCGGAGUUCUGCUCUCAGCACAGCGAGCGAGGAAUGAUCAAUGUGCGGCUUGCGUAA